GGUUGGUAGCUGAACUGUCUUCUCUCUCUCUCUCUCUCUCUCUCUCUCUCUCUCUCUCUCUCUCACACACACACACACACACACUGAACUAGUCAACUAGUCAGCACAUCAAUAAUACUGGGUUUCACCCUCAUAUCCGUUUUCUCAUUGUUUCCUCCAAUGUCUGGAAUGGUAAGUUUUGAUGCCAUUACGUUCCAUUGUUUAUGUAUCAGUGAUUUUGACUAUAUGGGUUUCGAUUCGCUGGCUGUAUUUUCUUAUUUAGUUUGUUCUUUCAUAGAUACACCAAAUUAUUUAUGCCAUCAGUAUUUUAAUUCCUAAUCUCCUUUCUGAGCUUGACUCAUGACAUAUUUUUUUUGGGGUUUUUUUUCUUCUUCUUCUUCUUGCUCUUAACUAUGUUGCAGUGCCUCUUCAGUAUGAUCAGAUGUGUAUAUCUUAUUCAAAGUGAUUAAGGUGACUGCUGUAGUUUACAAGCCAAUGAAUUAGACCUCAGCCCCUUUGGAUUGAGUGACUUCAUAAGAAAAAGAAUAGAAAGGGUUAUGGUUUCUUGCCAAAUCACUCGUUAGGAUUGAAAAUUUUGGUGAGAAAAGCACAAAAAAUAGUAUUUUUUGAUUGGUUCUUCCCCUUUCUCUCCGAAGGGGUCUUGAUGUUUUAGUGGUUUAUUACCUUUUUUUCCUUUUUUUAAUUCAGAUCUCCAUUAGAAUGUAAAUUUUUAUAUUUUCUACUCUAUGAUGGUUUCCAGUAUCUUUUUGGCCUCUUGAGCCAAUAUAUCUGUGAAAAUUAGUGAAGGCGGCCAAUGGAUAUAUUCUGGUUCUAAUUCUUAUUGGUUCUUUUCUUUCCUAGGACGUUUCGGGUACUCCUUCAUUGAUAGCUCUUCCAACCGAGAGUACUUUAUCGAAUGGGUUGAGUUUGAAGAUAUAUUUGGUUGAAAGCAAAGGAGGUGCUAUAGUAUGCAUGCUGCUAGCCCUUUUCCUUUUGGACACAUGGCCUGCUAUUUUGACACUCCUAGAAAGGCGAGGCCGUCUGCCUCAACACAGUUAUCUUGAUUACACAAUUACAAAUUUCUUGGCAGCCCUAUUCAUUGCUUUCACUUUUGGUGAGAUUGGCAAGAGCACAAGUGAAGAGCCAAAUUUCCUGACUCAACUUUCUCAGGACAAUUGGCCCUCCGUUUUGUUCGCAAUGGCUGGUGGAGUGGUCCUUAGCCUUGGAAACCUCUGUAGUCAAUAUGCAUGGGCCUUUGUUGGGAUAUCAGUGACUGAGGUGAUCACUUCAAGCAUAACUGUUGUUGUAGGCACAACAGCGAACUACUUCUUGGACGACAAAAUCAAUAAAGCUGCAAUUCUAUUCCCUGGUGUUGGAUGCUUCUUGAUUGCAGUUAGUCUUGGCUCUUGUGUUCAUGCUUCUAAUGUGGCUGAUAAUAAAGCAAAGCUCGGUAGCUUGCCAGAUGAUUACAAAGCUGCGGCUGCAGAUGUUUCUGUGUCUAAAGAAACACAUCCAGACAUAGUUGGAACAAAGGACCCGGAGAGAGGAACUGGUACUGCAGACAAGACAAAAUUUGGGAGUGCUGACUUUCUUAUAGGGCUUGAGAACCGAAGAGCAAUUAAGGUGUUUGGGAAGAGCACUAUGAUUGGUCUGGCCAUAACAUUCUUUGCAGGAUUAUGCUUCUCUCUCUUCUCACCAGCAUUCAACCUGGCAACCAAUGACCAGUGGGACACCUUGAAAGAUGGCGUCCCUCACUUAACCGUCUACACCGCUUUUUUCUACUUCUCUGUCUCUUGUUUCGUGCUUGCUGUCAUUUUAAACGUCAUAUUCCUCUAUCACCCAGUAUUGAACUUACCCAAAUCAUCGAUAAGGGCUUAUCUCACAGACUGGAAUGGCAGAGGUUGGGCUUUUUUGGCUGGACUUGUUUGUGGGUUUGGGAAUGGUCUUCAGUUCAUGGGAGGCCAAGCUGCAGGGUAUGCUGCUGCUGAUGCGGUUCAGGCAUUUCCGCUUGUGACCACAUUUUGGGGAAUACUUUUAUUUGGAGAGUACCGGAGAUCUUCAAGAAAAACAUACGGAUUGCUCGUCAGCAUGCUGUUCAUGUUCAUUGUGGCUGUUGCACUCUUAAUAGCGUCCGCAGGGCAGCGGAAUGAAUAAGCCGAUGAAAGAUCCUCAUCAACCAUUACAAUGGAGGUUAACUCUUAGCUCAGUAAAGAGCAAGCAAAUGCUGCAUCAUGCUGAUUCGUUGAGGCGCAACCGAUACCAAUUUGAAUGUUGCAUGUUGAUAUCAGAAAAAUAAUACUAUUGGUGGAGAUUGGAAAAAACUGAACAAGUAAACAAAAAAGGGGACAAAGAAGUAGGGGUAAAAAGGAUUGUAGAUGAAACUGUCCCAUGAUUUGGUUUUUCUUUUUCUGAAGUGUGUUCAGACCGCCGGGUCAUCUUGUAUUUUUUAUCUGCUACUUAUGUUUGUUGUUUAAGCUUUUGUUUUGUUCAGCCUAUGGGCCGGGUAAUUUGUAUAGGGUUUUUUUUAUCAACAUAUAUGGCAUUUGAUUGCCAUUAAAGAAAUAGGGUGAAUGACACCGAUGUCCCCUGAAGUUUGCUGCAAUUAUAUUAGUACCCCUGAUAUGUUGUGACA